AUGAAAUCCAUUAGAAAAGAGACACAGUGUGCUUUCCCCCAUCCCUACCCUGUAAAGUACAUAAAGAUGAGGUUCCCCUUAUUACACAGCACAGCAUGGGGAGGGUUUGGGACAUACUGGCACCCUAACCUGACAAGAGAUGCCAUGCAUGAUCCUGUGACACCAGUGAGCCAACUUCUUACAAGAACAAGAAGACUUAACCGGAACCACAGACAUACAUGCAGAGGCAGUGGCAAGAAGGCACAACAAAUGCAGGCACUUAAACUAGCACAAACCACAAUCAGGCUUUCGAGAAGAGAGCUUUAA